UUCGCUCCUCCCUCACCAGGAGGCGGGGCAAAUCGGGCUACGUGAGGGCCGGAUUGGCUGGUUCUGGAGACUCGGGUGGUCCAGCGUCUACUCUCACGUGGUGUGCGCUGUUUUCUUAUCACGUUGCUGCCACCCAGGCCGCUCUGCUCCUGUCGCUUCUCUGGAUGCCGGCGCUGCUGCCUCUGGCCUCCCGCCUUCAGUUGCUACCCCGAGCCCUGCUGUCCAUGGCUUCAGGAAGCCCCCCGUUCCGGCCUCCGCCGGCCUCGGGCUCUGACUAUGUACCUGGUUCGGUCUCUGCAGCCUUUGUCACCUGCCCCAACGAGAAGGUCGCCAAGGAGAUCGCCAGGGCUGUGGUGGAGAAGCGCCUGGCAGCCUGUGUCAACCUCAUCCCUCAGAUUACAUCCAUCUAUGAGUGGAAAGGAAAGAUUGAGGAAGACAGUGAGGUGCUGAUGAUGAUUAAAACACAAAGUUCUUUGGUUCCAGCUUUGACAGAUUUUGUUCGCUCUGUGCACCCUUAUGAAGUGGCUGAGGUGAUCGCGCUGCCUGUGGAGCAGGGAAACUCCCCGUACCUGCACUGGGUGCGCCAGGUUACGGAGUCAGGCUCUGACUCGAGCACAGCCCUGCCGUGAUGAGCCGGCGCUGCUCCUGCCAUAUUCCCUCAUAGACUGCAGUGCUCUCUGACUUCCAGGUGAUGCGUGGGCCCUUAAUAAAUCCUAUCUUUGGUUC